AUGUCACAAAAUUCUGAAACAAAACAAUCUCAAAUCGAGCAGAAAACAUCCGAAAUAGAAUCAUAUAUACAAAAUCAAACUAAUAAACAUACAGACAAUCAACAAACUACUAAUGAAAUUAAUCAACAAAAUCAAAGCGAACAAAGAUUAACUCCAUCGGAACAAUACCAAUCAAUUAAUAUACGUGAUAAUAAUAGUGCUGAAAAAGCAACAGUUUAUGAUGAAUUUGAAACUGAUUCAAUAAUUGACGAGAGCCAACCAUUAGAUCAACAAAUACAAGCACUUAAGCAUGCACUAGAGAAUACACAUAAGCAAAAUAUAAUGUACCGAGAAAAAGUUCAAUUAUUGAAAGAUCAAAUUGGUUUAAUUAACGAAACAAACAAAGAUCUACCAAACCAUGCCAAUGAAUUAAAUACAAUGGACGAAAUAAACGAAGCUAUUAAGAGUAAAAAUCAAGAAAUCGAAAGACUUAAAAAUAUCAUACGAAAUCUAUCAAAGAAAGAUAAUGAAGAUGGAACAAUGUAUGUAAAAAGUCGUGAUAUAGCAUUUAGUGAUGAAUUAAUUGACGACGGAGCUGUUGAUGACAAUGAUGAAAUUUUCGUUCAAGAAUCUAAGUCAAAUAAGAAAGAAAUGACACCAAAAGAUAAUGAAAUAAGUCCAGUUAUAGAAAGAGCAAUAAUGGACUUAAUUGUAUCAACAGGGGAAGAAAAUAUCGAAGUAAAUGACAUGGAUGAAAAUGAAAAAGCUGAAUUAAUUGUCGCAAUGAGUGAAGAUGCAAAAGGAAAAAUCGCGGAAAAAGAUGCACAACUCUCCGCAUACGAAUCUCUCAUCGCCGAACUUCGUCAACAACUCGGUCUUCUCCCAUCCGGUGAAUCACAAGAACCAACACAUCUCACUCCAGAACAGAUCAACGAGAACCGUGAUAGCAUCAAGUCUGCUAUUGAGAGCAAGGACAAAGAUCUUUCAUCAUACCGCGAUGCCAUUGAUACAGUUGAGUCAUCAUUAGGCAUUGUCAGUCGUGAUCUUCCAGCAUCUGCUCUCGAAGAAAGCUCAUCUGCCGCUGAAUGCUCCGCCACAUCUAGUGCUCCAGAAGACUCUAGCUCACGCAUCAACGAGUUUAUUGCCAACGCACAGAAGCGGAACGAGUCUAAGGAUGCUACUAUUUCUAACCUUGAGAAAGCAGUUCUUGAUCUUAUUGCCGCCAGUGGUGAAGAUAAAGUUGAUCUUGAAGGCGUCAGUGGACAAGAGAAGUCUGAAGUUAUUUCGGCACUUAGUGAGGAUGCCAAGCAGAAGAUUGCCGACAAGGAUGCAGAGAUUGACCAACUUAAACUCUCCUAUGAACAAAUCAAAUCGGCAUUAUCCAAACCUCUUGAACCAAUUUCUCCUGAUACGGAACAAUCUUCAGUACUCUCUAAUGUUUCUCCUAAGAAACAAAGUCAAAUCUCAGAACUCAAUAACGACACCAAAGAAGUCCUCUCUCACAUUCAAUCUAUUCUCCAAGACUCAAUCGACAAGUCAAAGAUGAUACAGUCUCUUCAAAAACUUAAUCAAGAAAGUUCAAUCUCCAACCAAACCAAAGAUGAACAAAUUGACAACCUAAACAAUGAGAAAUCAAAGCAAGCUGAACAAAUCAAUCAAUUGGAUGAGAAAGUUGCAGAGCAACAGAAGUCAAUUGAUGAAUCCAAAUCUCUCAAUGAGAAACUCAAGGAAGAAAUUACAAAUCUUAAAUCCUCUUCACAAAAUGACAAGCAAACAAUUAACAAUCUCCAAUAUGAGUUGCAAAAGAUUAAAGAUCAAACAACAGAUCUUCGUCAAACACUCGACAAGGCCAAACAAGCUCUCGUUAAACUCCAAAAUGAUGGCAAAUCCAAGGCAGAAGAAAUUUCCAAACACAAAUCAGAAAAUGAAUCUAAAUCCAACGAAAACAACGAUCUCAAACAAGAAAAUGGCAAACUCCAGACAGAAAACAAUAAUGUUAAACAAUAA